UCCAAUGGUGGCACCUCUCAAAGUGGUGGCACCUCCCAUGGUGGUGGCAUCUAUCACGGUGGUGACAUCUCCAGUGGUGGCACCUCCUCCAGGAGUGGCACGUCCUGUGGUGGUGGCAUCUCCAGUGGUGGCACCUCCUCCAGUGGCAUCUCCCAUGGUGGUGGCACCUCCAGUGGUGGCACCUCCAGUGGUGGCACCUCUCAUAGUGGCAUCUCCCCUGGCGCUGUCACCCCCCAUGCCGCCUCCUCCCGCCGCGGUGCUGUCUCCACCAGCUUCCUCCUCCGCCUCUCCCACCACCCCCGGUGGCCUCCCCACCUCCUCCUCCUCCUCCUCCUCCUCCUCCCUUGCCCACCCCUGACCCGGGGGGCCACCUUCAAGGUGGGGGUGAUGGGCCCGUGGGCUUGCGACCCCCUCGUGGCCCGGGCCUUGCCCGAGGUGGCCUCCCGCUUGGCCGUGGCCCGCCUCAACCGCGACCCGACGCUCAGUGGAGGCUACUGGUGGGACGCGGUGGUCUUGGCCGAGGCGUGCCGGACCCCCGAGGCCGUGGCGGGGCUGCUCAAUGCCGAGCGCUACGCCACGGGGCUGGUGGGCCCCCUCAACCCGGCCACGUGCGGGGCUGCCGGGCUCCUGGCAGCGGUGUGGAACAAGCCCGUGGUCUCCUGGGCAUGUGUGGGCGACAUCGAGGGCUUGGACACGUUGGUGGUCCCCAUGCCGGCUCCCGGCAGGGUGCUCCACGCCGUCCUCCGGUUCUUCCGCUGGGCCCACGUGGCCGUGGUCACGGCCCCCCAGGACCUGUGGCGAGAGGUGGGGCAGGGCCUGGCCCAGGACCUGCGGGCGCGGGGGCUCCCCGUCACCGUCGUCGUCACCGCCGGGGACCGGGAGGACGAGGCCCGCGAGGCCUUGAGGAGGGUGCAGCGGGCUGACGGGGUCAGAGUGGUGGUGAUGUGCAUGCACUCAGUGCUGCUGGGCGGCGAGGAGCAGCGGGUGCUCCUGGAGAAGGCGGAGGACAUGGGCAUGACCGACGGCACCUACGUCUUCAUCCCCUACGACGCGCUCACCUUCCCCCUGCCCUACCACCACGUGCCCUACCCCAUCCUGGCCAACAGCACCAAGCUGCGCCUGGCCUACGACGCCGUGCUCACCAUCACCAUCGACUCGCCCGAUGUCAGCUUCCACGAGGCCCUGCGCCAGGCCCAGGAGGCCUACGAGAUCCCAGCGCACAUCGACCCCACGCAGGUCCACCCACUCUUUGCCACCAUCUACAACUCCAUCUACUUCCUGGCCAACGCGGUGGAGGCCACGCGGCGCACGGGCCGCUGGGUGAUGGGCACCAGUGUGGCCGAGCACGCCCGUGGCUUCCACCUGGAGGGCUUCUGCCAGCCCUUCUCCGUCACCGAGGACGGGGACGUCAGCGUCCCCUACGUGGUGCUGGACACGGACGGCAAAGGCGAUCGGCUGUGGCCGGUCUACGGGCUGGAGCCCGGCACACGAGGGCUGGGCUACCGCGGCCACUCCGUCCACUGGCCCCACGGCUCCAGCCCCGGCACGGACUCGGGGUGCUGGUUUGAGUCGGGCUCCAUCUGCAACGGGGGUGAGCAGGGGGCUCCUUUCCCGCGUUGUGUCCGUUUGUCUGGCUGGGCCCGUGUGGGUCUCUUGGUCUCGCUGUCUGAGCUGAGUUGGUCAACCAGCCGGAUGGCUUGGUGUGUGUCU